CUGCAAUCGACCAUGUCGACCGCCAUGACCAUAGCGCCUCAUCGUGAAGAGACGAGCAAUAAGAUGCUCAAGAAGCUGUCGGGCAUGAUCCCCGCCAUCAACAUUGUGCUUGUUAAGCCAUCGGCGUCGACACCUGUCGCCGACGUCAAGCCCGUGUCGCCGCUCCAUGACACCGCGUGCGCCGUGUGCUUCGAGACGUCGACCGACAUGGUGUCGAUAUGCGACUCGCCGGCGUGCACGUCAGUCUUUUGCCUCGACUGCAUCGGCAACUACCUUCGCAUCAAGAUUGAAGACGGUCAAGUCCGCCGCAUUCGGUGCCCCGCCGCUGGCUGCACCGCGGUCCUUGCCACGCACCACAUUCACGGCUACGUCUCGACGGAGCUCUUCCAGCGCUACAUUUCGCUCAAGGCCAAGCUUCGCUCGGGCCGCACGUGCCCGCAGCCUGGCUGCGGGCAGCCCGUGACCUCCACGGGCCGCAAGAUCAAGUGCGACCACUGCCACACGGCAUCGUGCGGGGACUGCGGCGAGAACUACCACUUGUUCGCUUGCGCCGACAAGACGUACAAGAAGUGGCGCAAGACGUCCGAGAACGUUCGCGCGUGCCCCAACUGCCACGUCGACAUUGAGAAGCAGGGCGGCUGCAACCACAUGGCCUGCACACACUGCGAGUUUGAGUUUUGCUGGUGCUGCCGCGUCCCGUGGGCGACCCACCUCGACAGCCUCUGCACGCCGCGGUCAUUUCUCGAGUCCCAAAGCGCAUCUCUCGGCCCGAACGCGCCGAUCCGCGCGGUGACCAAGUCGCUCGUCGUCGUCGGUGCCACGUCGGCGCUUGCGGUCGGCGUGAGCAUCGCUGCCGUCAUUACGCCCCCGGUCUUGCUUUACAACGGAAUCAAGCAAGCGCUCCAAGACCGCAAGCGCAGCAAGACCCUCAAGAUCUACAACGAAAAGAAGCGCCUCAUGGAGGCCCGCGCCGCGAAGGCGUCGGAAGUCCCGCUCUAAGUCGUCCCGUCGCUGUCGUCGUAUUGUUUGUACCCUAUUUACCACCAAUAUACCCUAUUUAUCA